CGUAUGCGCUCAGUCAGUUGCGCGCCGGUCGAGUGUGUGGAUGGAUUUGUGUGGAUCGUUAUCGGUGGUUUUUGGUGUACAUCGGCAGGUUUUUAUGCGAGUACUGGGAUAAAACGUUGUCGCAGGGUAUCCUCACGAGAAGGUUUUUGACCUUUCCAUGCUGCACGCCGAGUCAUCCUCGAUAAAUAGGAAAACACGCCAGCUGCCAAGGAAUUUCAGAUCCGAGCGCGACGAUAAUCGGGCCCACCGGAACAUACCAUGCACGUGGACAUAUUUUGUAUCGGGCUCGUCGUCUGAUCCACGCGAAUCGUUAAACGCAACUCGAAGAUCCGAUGAUGUGAAAUUGCUGGGGUGAAAUUGUUAGGGGCGAGGAGCACCCUUUCGAAGGGUAAGAAAGAAGUGAGUUGUUGGUCCGAUUGACAAAAUGACGACCGACAUCUCGGUGGUGCGCGGGGGUUGGGACCCCACGCUACAACAAGAGAUUGUCGAUGAGUACGAAUACGACGGGGGAAACUCGAGUUCGAGACUUUUUGAACGUUCACGCAUCAAAGCUUUAGCUGGUGAACGUGAAUUGGUACAAAAGAAGACUUUCCAAAAAUGGGUCAAUUCCCAUCUGGUUCGGUGUUCAUGCCGAAUUGGCGAUCUAUACGUCGAUCUUCGAGAUGGCAAAAUGCUCAUCAAGCUUCUCGAGAUUCUCUCCGGAGAACGUUUACCACGACCUACGAAAGGAAAAAUGCGAAUCCAUUGUCUAGAAAACGUCGAUAAAGCGUUGCAAUUCCUUCGGGAGCAACGAGUGCAUCUAGAAAAUAUGGGAUCUCACGACAUAGUCGAUGGAAAUCCUCGUUUGAGUCUUGGUCUCAUCUGGACCAUUAUCCUGCGAUUCCAAAUUCAAGACAUUACCAUCGAAGAAACGGACAAUCAAGAAACGAAAUCAGCGAAAGACGCUCUACUUCUUUGGUGUCAAAUGAAAACUGCUGGAUAUCACAAUGUAAAUGUACGAAAUUUCACUACAUCCUGGCGCGAUGGUUUAGCCUUCAACGCCAUCAUCCAUAAACACCGUCCGGAUUUGAUUCAGUUCGACAAACUUUCCAAAUCAAAUGCUAUUUACAAUUUAAACAACGCGUUCAAUGUAGCCGAAGACAAGCUUGGCCUGACGAAACUUUUAGAUGCUGAAGACAUAUUCGUCGAUCAUCCUGACGAAAAAUCAAUCAUCACUUAUGUAGUCACGUAUUAUCAUUACUUCUCAAAGAUGAAACAGGAGACCGUGCAAGGUAAAAGAAUAGGCAAAGUGGUUGGUAUUGCCAUGGAGAAUGAUCGUAUGAUACACGAGUACGAAAGUUUAACCAGUGACCUAUUGAGAUGGAUAGAAGGCACCAUAGAGGCUUUAGGUGAUCGUCGGUUUGCUAACUCUUUAGUAGGAGUGCAAUCUCAGCUCUCCCAAUUCUCUAAUUAUCGUACUGUGGAGAAACCUCCGAAGUUUGUCGAGAAAGGCAAUCUGGAGGUGUUGCUGUUCACUUUACAGUCGAAGAUGCGAGCCAAUAAUCAAAAACCAUAUACGCCUAAAGAGGGUAAGAUGAUCUCGGACAUUAACAAAGCGUGGGAGAGGCUAGAAAAGGCGGAACACGAGCGUGAAUUGGCACUGCGUGAAGAAUUGAUUCGUCAGGAGAAAUUGGAACAACUAGCAGCUAGAUUCAACCGAAAGGCUAGCAUGAGAGAGACCUGGUUGUCCGAGAAUCAACGUUUGGUUUCUCAGGAUAAUUUCGGUUUCGAUUUAGCUGCUGUGGAAGCUGCAGCCAAGAAGCACGAGGCCAUCGAGACAGACAUCUUUGCUUAUGAAGAACGAGUUCAAGCUGUUAUGGCUGUUUCACAGGAAUUGGAAGCUGAGAAUUAUCACGAUAUCGAACGUAUUAAUGCUCGGAAAGACAAUGUUCUUAGAUUGUGGAAUUAUCUGCUCGAAUUGCUUCGUGCUAGAAGGAUGAGAUUAGAGUUGUCUUUGCAGCUCCAACAGAACUUCCAAGAGAUGUUGUACAUUCUAGACAGUAUGGAAGAAAUAAAAAUGCGUCUGUUGACCGACGAUUAUGGAAAGCACUUGAUGGGCGUCGAGGAUCUUUUGCAGAAACAUUCUCUGGUAGAAGCUGAUAUCAACGUGUUGGGCGAAAGAGUGAAAGCUGUCGUUCAACAGAGCCAGAGAUUCUUAGAACACGGAGAAGGUUAUCGACCGUGUGAUCCAACUAUCAUUGUUGAACGCGUACAACAGCUCGAAGACGCGUACGCUGAAUUGGUACGCCUGGCAGUCGAACGCAGAGCCAGAUUGGAAGAGUCUCGUAAAUUGUGGCAGUUCUAUUGGGACAUGGCUGACGAGGAGAAUUGGAUAAAGGAGAAGGAACAGAUCGUAUCGACUGGAGACAUUGGUCACGAUUUGACGACUAUAAAUCUGCUGUUGUCCAAACACAAAGCAUUGGAGAAUGAAAUCCAGUCUCAUGAACCGCAAUUGAUGUCUGUGGCUGCUGUUGGAGAUGAACUGGUUCGUCAGAAACACUUUGGUUCUGAUAGGAUUCAGGAGAGGCUUCAAGAAAUUCUGGGAAUGUGGAAUCAUCUUCUGGAUUUGGCCGCUUUCAGAAGGAAGCGCUUGGAGGAGGCUGUAGACUACCAUCAACUGUUUGCAGAUGCCGAUGACAUUGAUAUUUGGAUGCUGGAUACACUACGACUCGUCUCAUCAGAAGACGUUGGCAGAGACGAAGCCAAUGUCCAAUCGUUGUUGAAGAAACACAAAGAUGUGACAGAUGAACUCAAGAACUACGCUACAACUAUCGAUCAGCUUCGUCAGCAGGCAUCGUCUCUUGGUGAGCAGGAUGCUAAGUCACCGGAAGUGCUGGAAAGACUGGACUCUAUAGACUCCAGAUACAAGGAACUUAUGGAACUCGCCAAACUUCGCAAACAGAGAUUGUUGGAUGCAUUAUCAUUGUACAAGUUGUUCAGCGAGUCAGACGGAGUGGAACAAUGGAUCGGUGAGAAGAAUAGGAUGUUGGAGACUAUGGUACCAGCGAAGGAUAUCGAAGACGUUGAGAUUAUGAAGCACAGAUACAAUGGUUUCGAAAAGGAAAUGUAUGCCAACGCUUCUCGAGUUGCUGUGGUCAAUCAACUCGCAAGACAAUUAUUGCACGUUGAACAUCCCAAUUCUGAGCAGAUCGUUGCACGUCAGAACGAGUUGAACCAGAAAUGGGCUGAGCUCCGCGAGAAAGCAGAGAACAAACGUGACGAAUUGAACUCUGCUCAUGGCGUACAGACCUUCCACAUUGAAUGCCGCGAGACAGUAUCUUGGAUCGAGGAUAAGAAACGUAUCCUUCAACAAACAGACAGUUUAGAGAUGGAUCUGACUGGAGUCAUGACCUUGCAACGUCGACUAAGUGGAAUGGAGCGCGACUUGGCAGCCAUCCAGGCUAAAUUGGACGCCUUGGAAAUGGAGGCUCAGAAUAUUCAACAACAGAAUCUGGAAGAUCCUGAGGUGAUCAAGGGAAGGAUUGAUCAGAUACACACUAUUUGGGAGCAGUUGACACAGAUGUUGAAGGAACGUGAUGCAAAAUUGGAAGAAGCAGGUGAUCUUCACAGAUUCCUCAGAGAUUUGGAUCACUUCCAGGCUUGGUUACGCAGGACACAAACUGAUGUGGCCAGCGAAGAUACUCCAACUACCUUGGCUGAUGCUGAGAAACUCUUGACACAACACCAGAAUAUUAAGGAAGAGAUUGAUAAUUAUACCGAUGACUACCAGAAGAUGAUGGAGUACGGCGAAAGAUUGACCAGUGAAGCUGGUGAUGGUGAUACACAGUACAUGUUCCUUAGGGAGAGAUUAAACGCCCUGAAGAUGGGCUGGGAAGAUUUACGCCAGAUGUGGGUCAACAGAAAGAUCUUACUGUCCAAUUCUCUUAAUCUGCAAAUCUUCGAUCGCGACGCACGCCAGGCAGAAGUGCUUUUGUCCCAGCAAGAGCACAUUCUCGCUAAGGAUGAAACGCCGGCGAACUUCGAACAAGCGGAGCACAUGAUCAAGCGUCACGAGGCGUUCAUGACCACGAUGGACGCGAACGACGAGAAAAUCAACUCCGUGGUGCAGUUCGCCGGACGACUUGUCGACGAGGGCCACUUCGCGGCGGACAAAGUCAAGAAGAAGGCAGAGAGCAUUAACGAGCGUCGUCGAAUAAACCGAGAGAAGGCGAAUCAGUAUAUGGAGAAACUCAAGGAUCAGUUACAGUUGCAGAUGUUCUUACAGGAUUGCGAAGAAUUGGGAGAAUGGGUUCAGGAGAAGCACAUCACCGCUCAAGAUGAAACUUAUAGAAGUGCCAAGACGGUGCAUAGCAAGUGGACAAGGCACCAGGCGUUUGAGGCCGAAAUCGCGAGUAAUAAGGAUCGUCUGCAGCAAUUACAACAGGCUGCUGAAGAAUUGAUUCAACAGAAGCCUGAUUUAGCUGAGAUCAUCAAGCCUAAGGUGGCAGAAUUGGCUGACCAGUUUGAGGAACUUGAGACUACUACUCAUGACAAGGGUGAACGCCUGUUCGACGCCAAUCGUGAAGUUCUUAUUCACCAGACUUGCGACGAUAUUGAUUCUUGGAUGAACGAACUGGAGAAACAGAUUGAAAGCACGGAUACUGGUUCUGAUUUGGCAUCGGUGAAUAUCUUGAUGCAGAAGCAACAAAUGAUCGAAACUCAGAUGGCUGUGAAAGCGAGACAGGUUACCGAGUUGGACAAACAGGCUGAACACUUGCAACGUACGGUGCCUGACGACAAGAUGGAGGAGAUUAAGUGCAAGAAGGAGAAGGUGGCUCAGAGAUUCGCCCAACUGAAAGCACCAUUGAUCGAUCGUCAACGUCAGUUAGAGAAGAAGAAAGAAGCUUUCCAGUUCAGGCGCGACGUGGAAGACGAGAAACUCUGGAUCGCCGAGAAGAUGCCUCAGGCUACCAGUACGGAGUAUGGAAAUUCAUUGUUUAACGUGCACAUGCUUAAGAAGAAGAACCAGUCUCUGCGUACUGAGAUAGAGAACCAUGAACCCAGAAUCAAUCUGGUCUGCAACAACGGACAGAAACUUAUAGACGAGGGCCACGAGGAUAGUCCUGAGUUCCAGAAAUUGAUACCCGAAUUAACCGAGAAAUGGAAGGAGCUGAAGCAUGCUGUAGACGACAGGAACAAGCAUCUCUUGCAAAACGAAAAGGCACAGCAGUACUUCUUUGACGCGACAGAAGCGGAAUCCUGGAUGAGCGAACAAGAAUUGUAUAUGAUGGUAGAAGACCGUGGCAAGGACGAAAUUUCAGCCCAGAACUUGAUGAAGAAACACGAGUCUUUGGAACAUGCCAUGGAAGAUUAUGCAGAGACCAUCCGCCAGCUUGGAGAAACCGCCAGGCAGCUCAUUAACGAUCAACAUCCUCUUGUUGACCAGAUUGCUGUGAAGCAAUCACAAGUAGACAAACUGUACGCUGGUUUGAAAGAUCUUGCUGGCGAACGUCGAGCUAAAUUAGACGACGCUCUUCAAUUGUUCAUGCUGAAUAGAGAAGUGGACGAUCUAGAGCAGUGGAUCGCAGAAAGAGAAUUAGUAGCUGGAAGCCACGAAUUGGGUCAGGAUUACGAUCAUGUGACGCUCCUUUGGGAGAGGUUCAAAGAGUUUGCUCGAGAUACUGAGGCGAUAGGCUCGGAAAGAGUGGCGGCAGUGAAUGGAAUUGCAGAUUCUCUAAUGGCAAGUGGUCAUUCCGAUGCUGCUACUAUUGCAGAAUGGGAGGAUGGUUUGAACGAAGUCUGGCAAGAUUUGCUGGAAUUGAUCGAGACUCGUACGCAAAUGCUGGAAGCUAGUAAAGAACUGCACAAGUUCUUCCACGAUUGCAAAGACGUGCUUGGAAGAAUCUUGGAGAAACAGAACGCUAUGUCUGACGAAUUAGGUCGCGACGCUGGCUCAGUCUCAGCUCUGCAGAGGAAGCACGCCAAUUUCAUGCAGGAUUUAUCCACGUUGCAGAGCCAGGUGUCGCAGAUCCAAGAGGAAUCUGCUACGUUACAGGCUAGUUAUUGCGGAGACAAGGCUAGAGAGAUCACUAAUCGUGAAGGAGAGGUAGUUGCUGCUUGGAACAAUCUUCAAUCGCUUUGCGAUGGUAGAAGAACGAAACUGGAGGAUACCGGUGAUCUGUUCCGAUUCUUCAACAUGGUUAGGACUCUGAUGAUUUGGAUGGAUGAUGUAGUUCGUCAGAUGAACACUUCGGAGAAACCUCGCGACGUUGCUGGAGUGGAGUUACUAAUGAACAAUCAUCAAAGUUUAAAAGCCGAAAUAGAUGCUAGGGAGGACAAUCUGAUGGCGUGUAUCAAUCUUGGGAAAGACUUGUUAGCCAGGAACCACUAUGCUAGUAGCCAGAUCAAGGAGAAAUUGGCAGCUUUAACUGAUCACAGAAACGCGUUGCUGCAUAGAUGGGAGGAACGUUGGGAGAAUCUACAACUGAUUUUGGAGGUCUAUCAAUUCGCAAGAGACGCAGCGGUUGCUGAAGCAUGGUUAGUCGCCCAGGAACCAUACCUUAUGAGUCAAGAACUUGGCCACACGAUCGAUGAAGUGGAGAAUCUGAUUAAGAAGCACGAAGCGUUUGAAAAAUCGGCAGCUGCUCAGGAAGAAAGGUUUAGUGCCUUGCAUCGACUCACUACGUUUGAGUUGAAAGAAAUGAAGAGGAGAGAACAAGAACGAGAGGAAGAAGAAAGACGCAAGAAGGAGGAGGCCGCAGCAGCCGAGGCAGCUCGAUUAGCUAAAGCAACACCGGUAACUAGUCCAGACGAACCACCGAGCGAAAGAGCCGAAGCAGAAGGUGUACCAACUGGAGAACGUCCCGCCGGAGAAGACGAAUCACAUGUGGCACAUCGCAAGGCUUCUACACGUACACCACAACCUCAAGACAAGCCCAAGGAAGUGCAUGCUCAGAAACCUGCACGUCUAUCCAUGCGAGGAGAAGAAACACCACCUGCCACCACCCCCUUGAAACCUUCGCAGGGUCUGUCUAGUCCAACAACUCCGAAAGGUGGAAGCGGUUCCGAGUCUGGUACUUUAAGACGUAAGGAACGUAGUCGCAGCAAGUCGCCGUUCAGGAGUUUCCGCUGGAGAAAAUCCGCCAAGUCGCCGAGUUUAGAUCGAAGUGGCGUGAGUGACGAUGAGCGCAGCAUUUCCGAACAACGAAGUCCCACCGAUGAUGAAUUCGAGGGCGUGUUGCAACGAAAGCACGAAUGGGAGAGCACAACGAAGAAGGCGUCUAAUCGGUCCUGGCACAAAGUGUACAUGGUCGUUCGUGGACAGAGCUUGUUUGUAUAUACCGACCAAAAGUCAUACAAGGCAGCGCCUGAUCAACCGUACAAGGGAGAGUCUCCUCUGGACCUUAGAGGAGCGACUAUUACUGUGGCGAGCGAUUACACUAAGAAGAAACAUGUCUUCCGAGUAAAGUCACAAAGCGGAUCAGACUUCCUAUUCCAGGCUAAAGACGAUGCUGAAAUGAACGACUGGGUUACCGUGUUGAACCAAGCAGCACAGGGUACAUCAGGUGCGGGUACGUCUAGGGCGCACACUCUACCCGCGCCUACACAAGCCGAGACCAAGCGGCGUAGUUUCUUCACUCUCAAGAAAAACUAAACUGGAGCAGUGAAGUUCGGUAUAAGCCGCUCAGCACAACACACACAGUUUAAAAGAAAUGUUUCGUCGCUCUACGUGGUUAACAAAUAAAUAAAAAGGCAGCGCUGAUUGUAAGAAUUAGGAGACAUACACGCGGACAUGGUGUUUGGAAAAAAAAAACGAGAAAGAAACAAAAUCGAAGGAAGACUCGACUUGUUAUAAGAUCCGUGUCGAUUUUACGAAAAAUGCCUACCAUCUUCGAUAACUAUUCAUCACGAAGAAAAAAAAAAGAAACUAAUAGAAAAUAUUUAAGCAGCUGUCUGUAUGUAUUUAAAACAUUUCACGCGCGCGUAGGCCAUUUGAAGUCUUUAAUUGCGUUUUUUUUAGUUUCUUCAAGGAAUUUUCGGACACUUUGCAAUAUAUCGCUAGUUGAGAAAGUGACACACAAACACAUACAAACAUUCGAUGUCCCACGUUAGCGUGAUCGAGUUUACUUGAACAUGGAUAUUAAUUGUCAAAAUUGAUUGCCCAUCUUUCUCGCAUACUCGCAUAGUGAACUACUGAGUACAAGUUUUAGAUUUUGUAAUUUAAUACGUGGGCGUAUCUUGCGUUUUGAUAUUAUUUUACAAUGUAGCCAAGGCGAUCCUUCGUUUGUCUGUAAUAUUUAGUUGAUACCAUAGUUGAUAUCAGUUACUGCAAAAGUUCUGCAUAUUAUAAGUCAGAUAAGAAUUCGAUUAUAAAGUUAAUUCAGACUGUUCGGGAUAAGCCAGUAGAUCACAUUUUCAAGCAAUGACACGUAACGAAUCGAAUAACAGCAGUGAAACGUGAUAAGCUCGAUAAGUGAUCUAUUUUUUACAGUAUGUAUUUGCUAAUAUUGCUUCGAACAAUUUUCUAUGUUUCUACGAGUCGCGUAAAUGCCAUUUUUGAACAGACGUUCGCUGUUGAACUCGAGAAGCAAUGCCUUAUGAGAUAUAACUCUCGUUUAAUUGAAAAGUAUCUUCUAGCCCUUUUUAUACUACAUAGAUAAAAAUUUGUAGCAGCUUAGAGUGCUAUAAUGUUUCUAUUUUAGAAGAAACUCUUAUUAGAGCUUGUGCAGUAACUUGAUACGCGUUGUUGCUCUCGUCUUAAGAAGGAAAGAAACGUUGUUCUUUAAUUCAUGAUAUCUGCCUUGUUUUAUCAAUUUAAGCAGCUCAAUCGAUGCACGUGUUCAUUUGUAAGGUCUCUGUACACCGGUAUAUACACUUUCUCUCGCCCAGCACCUCUUUUUUUUUAAUUUCGCGUUUCUCCGCAAACGAUUCGUUUGCGUUUCGAUGACUGCCAUAUAUAUAUUUAAGCGGCACACUAACUUGGGACAUAAUACAUAUAUAAAUAUAUAAAUAAAUAUAUAAAUAUUAUAUAUAAAUAUAAAUAUAAAUUAGCUUUUAAAAAAUUGUUAAAUAUAUGCUACGCCCUAAGGGAAUACGCAUUGGAGGAUUAUAAAAAAAAA